GUUACCGGCAUCCGCGCAGGCGCGCAGGAGUCCCGCGGGGAGGUGCGUAGGGAAGGAUUGUGGCCUCGGGCUGUCAGGUACCGGCUCGGCCUCGGGCCGGGCCUGGCGGGGAGAUGUCGGUGGUGCAGAGGAAACCGGAGCCGGCGGAAGACAGCGAUUCGGAUGCCUUUGAAAUCGUUCUGCCCAUCACUGUCCUGGUGCUGAGCGAUGCUGAUUUUCUGCAGGGUGACGCCGAGGAACAGGCAGCGUCGGUCCCCGAGGUGAAGGAGGAUGAGGAGGAGAUGCCAUUAAGCAAUAGCGUUUUCCUAAAGGGCGACGUGACGCUUUCAAAUGACAGGGGCAGCAUAAGCAUUUGGGAAGAAAACAAAGCUGCCGACAAUAAGGAUAAUAGUCUGAAAUGCUCUGAAGGCAAAUGGAUUGCUGAGAGGGUGUGUAACAGCUCAAAAUUGUCUUUAGGUGACGGGUGUGAUGCAGGCACAGCUAAACAUAGUCAUACUAAUGUGCUGCCUGCAUUGCCUUGCAAAACAGAGCUUAUAGAAGUUAAAAAAAGCAGUGAAACAAAAGAAUGUGAUGGUGAUGAUGGCUUUCCAAAGACACCUCCACUCCUCUCCGCUGCUGGCAGUGAGGAUAGAGAAGAUACUGUUGAGACAAGUAGAGAGUUGACAUUGGCAGUGAUAUCCAAACAUGGAGAGGAUCCCAAACAUGGAGAGGAUCCCAAACAUGGAGAAGAUCCCAAACAUGGAGAGGAACUUGUCAGUGUUACAAGUAUUGUUCCCAUUGGCACUCAAGAGAAGCAACCCGAAAUCCCCAAGGAGAUGGAGGCAAUUGCUGAAAUGAAAGAUCCUUCAAAGAGUGGAGGCAAUGAAACUAAUAAAAAAAAGAGAAAGAGAAGCAAAUUUGAAGAUGAAACUCAGAGUUUCCAUUUGCAACAUGACGUGAAAGAAGAACCACAAUGUACCAAUGAUUAUUCUACUCUGUUUCUCACUGGAUGUUCUCCUACUUCAGAAGAAUUGCUUAAAGAUGUCAGGAAAGCAGAGAUGAAGGCUUCCACUUCUCCUGAGCCAAAUACUACUGGGAAGCAUAUUAUUAAGACUUUAGUACCAUUUAAUAAAAAAAAAUACCGGCAACAAAAAGUUGUUUCACAUAAUGCAAGCCCAAAAGAAUUCCAAAGCCAGCAAGAAGACUUAACAUGUCUAAAUACCAAUGUGACCAUCAAACCUCUUUCUCUAGCAUCCUGUUCUAUAAAUCAGCCUGAAACACUGAGUUUGAAGUGUAGGUUUUGCAAUUCUGUAUAUAAAUGCAGCUCGCAUCUAAAGAAACAUGUUCAUGCAGCUCAUAAAGAUAAGAAAAUACAUAAGUGCUGCUUUUGUAAAAGAACCUUUUUCUUUUCUGUCAACCUUAACAACCACCUUAAAUUCCAUAAGAAGAUUGCUAGGCUGCAAAAGGCAAGGAAAAAUAGAAUAAAUGCAAGAAAAAUUAGGCAGAAAAAAUCUGAAGAAAAAAAAUUGGAGAGUAAGAAAAAAGAGAGUAAAUAUGAGAAUUUUUUCUUGAAAAUGGAAAGAGACUUCACACCUAUGGGUGAGCCAGUUAGUUUUUCCUGCAAAUUUUGUUUCUUUGUUUCAUCAAAUCCUCGGAUUUUUGUUCAUCAUUUGAAAGGACAUAAAGAGAGGCCACCUUACCAGUGUCCUCAGUGUGAUUACUCCUGCAUUAGCAUAUCCUAUUUGUUAAAUCACAUGUACUGGCAUGCUGGAUAUAAACUGUAUCAGUGUAGGUUUUGCACCUUUUUUUCAUUAUAUUUUGCAAGCAUGGUAAGGCACAGCCACAUACACACAGGGGCUAAGCCAUAUCCCUGUGAGUUCUGCCAGUCAGCAUUUGCCACCAUGGCUGGGUUGAAGAGACACAGAAGAUUACAUGCAGGCCAAGAAAUGUGCCAAGGGCAGCAACUCGACUUUGUAAGUGGAGGAAAAAAAGCUCAAAGACCUUUAAGGAGCUACAGAUGUGAUGAGUGUAAUGCAGUGUUUUACACCAGAGGACAUCUCAGCUUUCAUAAGAAAUUUCAUGAGCAGUUGAAGCCUAAUGGUAAUGGUUAUACAAAUCAGAGCAAGGAGUAUCAUAAAAACAAAAUGUGCAGAGUUGGCAGAGAGUCUCGGGAUCUUUAUUCUCUGUCUCCUGGUAGAGAAGGUAUUGGUCUCAGUGGGGGAAUGCUGGCUUCAGAAGUCGACUUGGAGCAGGGAUGUGGUGUGCAGGACAGUAAGAAAACAUGCUCUAGAAAGAAAUUUCCUGAAAAGAGCUGUGGAAGCAACAACCCACCUAAUAUUGGGAACUAUUCAGAAGUUGUUCUGAAUUCACAUGAAGUGGACAGUGUAAUUUGCAAAGAGGAGCUUCACUUCAACUCCGAGGCCUCUCAUGCCCAAGUUCAAGAUGAUGAUGCCUACCACAGAUCAGUGGAAAACUUAAGAGAUCCAUGGCCUCUCAGCUUCUCUCCUUUCAGAAUGUACAAAUGCCAGCACUGUAGUUAUGCUACUGCUGAUCACAGAGACUUUAAGCUGCACCAGAAAAUACAUACAGAUGAAGGACUGAAUGAAAUGCAUGUAGGCAUGUGUCCAGAAAGAGAUUUUGGUUCAUUGGAAGCUUCAGACAGCAUCCAUUCCUUGUUUGGGUCAGAAGUCUGUGGAAUACAGCCAGAUGUCCAUAGAGGCAAUGGAAGUCAUCUGGUAGCACAAAGUCAGCCCUCAUUUUAUCAGUGUGUGGAGUGUGACUACACAACUUACAUUUUGAGCAACCUCAAACUACACGUGAGAACACACACGGGUGAGAAGCCUCACGACUGCAGUGUUUGUCACAAGAAGUUUCGUACUUCCAGUCACCUGAAAAGACACAGAAUCACCCAUUUUAACACGGGGCAUUUCAAGUGCAGAAACUGUGACUAUUCAACAAACAAAUGGCUGGCGUUGAAACAGCACCUGGCCUCCCACUCUUGUGAGGAAAGCUCAUCUACUGGCUGCAGCUACAGAGAAACACAGCUGCCUUUCAAAAUAUACUCGUGUGAGGAGUGUGGCUAUUCCACAGCCCACAAUGGAAACUUGAAGCCACAUUUGAGGAUUCAUACAGGGGAGAAGCCAUUCAAGUGCAGCCAGUGCCUCCUUGCUUUCCGCACAUCCAGCCACCUCAAGCGCCAUUUCCUGACUCACCUCAAGCUGCGCUGCAGGAGGUGCAAAUUUUCCACAUUGGAUAAACAUGCUUUCCAAAAGCAUGUGAAAACACACAAAAAAAAAUACAGGUGUGGAAGCUGUAAUGUGAUGCUGCCUACCAGAAAACUCCUAGAAAAGCAUAGCCAGCAACAUCAUCUUGGAAUGCAAGCUUAGGAAUCGCAAACUGGCGCUUGGUUCCGGAGAGGUUUGCGUGCCCUGGAUUUAUGUUUAAAUUGCUUCACACUCCCCUGCUGUCCCUGGAAUGAUGGCUGGUGAUGGAAGCAUCCAGCAUUUUGGAAACUUGGAAUGCUGGUUUUCUUCAAGUUCUGAGAGCUCCAAUUCUAGAAGAAUUGGUAAAGAAGAUCUUGGAGGCACUUUUUCAUGCCCAAGUCACUUUUUAAUACUGUGAGAUCAGUUAAGAUUCAGCCAGUGGUGAUCAGUUUUGAAGGUUUAUUAUUGGGCAUUUAAUCCUCUCUGUGGUUUUGAUAAUCUUUGGAGUAGCCUGACAGAAAUAGUAUAUUUGUUCUUAAGCAGAUAUUUUAUGAUACUGAGAAUCAACUGACAGAUUGGCAGUGAUCCACUUAUUUUUAUGAUUAACCUUGUCAAUCCACAGGCACUUGCUUUCCUGAGCAGCUGACCUUUUCCUACAAUAUUAUUUUUGACAAGCAAUGGCUUAUUACACUCUGCUAAAUUGUCAGUGUUUUUAUGUUCAUUUUUCAGAUUAUCAAAAGCAGAGGGACCAAUAUCCUAGAUUAAGGUUUCCUCACACUUUCCACGAUAAAUUGUUGCUAUGCUGGCACUUUCAUGCUGAAAUUUCUUUUGCCACAUUUGUUUCACACAGAUAUUUUUUCAGAAACAUUCAGUAAAAAUAAUCAGUCAUUUCCAAGGCCAAUAUUAAGAGGUACUUGGCACUGUUAUACAAGUGAGGGGGAAUUUUUGUACAGUUCUGAUAAUUUAUGUGAAGAAAAAUUCAGAAGCUAUACAAAGAGGAAACAAAAAUGGCAAAGAAUUGAAAACCUCUAUCAGAUGAGACUAGGAAAGCUAAAUCUGAUAGAGAAUAAUUGUUUAGAAGUAUUUUAUGCAAUUAUGAAAAAGGGAGCACAAUUUAAAGGGCAUAAAUUCACUGAAGGAAAUUUUAAGAGCUUGUAAACAGCAUGAGUUUCUUUUAGGCUUUCUUCCUUAGUUUGUUUUUCCUUUUAGUUCUUUUAAGUAAGAGCAACAAGACAUUUUCAGAUGGAACUUGAUGAGUUUGUAAAAAUAAUUAUUUCAGGUAGUUGACUUUAAUAAAAAUAAAUAAAGUAUUUCAUCCUUGACUA